AGGAAGGAACAGCAGAAAGAAGAUGUCAGCCAAGGCGCAGCAAUAUUUUCUCUACGCCCUGAACCCAUUUAGUCCCUCACAGUCUCUGUCCCAGUUAGAGACCGACGCUCGGGCGCUUAUGCCCCGUAUUUAGCGCUGAUGGCUCCGUUACUGAUGGCCUCUGUAGUGUCGCCGGAGGCGACUUGGAGAGGUGUCAGCUGGAGUAAAUCAGAGAGAAGAAUGUGAGAAUUCCUUAGGGAGGUGUGAAAACUAGGGAAUGGCAAAGCAAGAAGGAAAAUGAAAGGAAAAGACCAAAGAAAAAAAGGAGGAAAUUGAAGAGAGGUGAAAAGAACCCCCACGAAAUUAGAAAAAUAAUAAGAAGUAGAGGAGAGGAGAAAAGAGAAAGGAAGAAAAGAUAAGGAAGAAGGAAAGGAAGAAAUCUGUGGAAGCAAACAGCAAGUUACCAAAAAGAAAGGUGGGAGGGAAAAAUAGGGAAGAAAGGUCCUGUGGAGAAAUCAGUUUGGAUGAGCGUGCGAGGCGGCGGAGCAGCACACGGUGUCGCUGCAGGCUCACAAACAGUGUCGGAGCGAUACGGCUCCGCCCCGGUGCGGCGGAGAGCCCGGCUGUAAGCGCGGAGAGGGGCGGGAGGCCGGGAAGGCAGCAGAGCCGCUGAUUGCGGGAGGCGGCAGGAAGACAGCGCCGGUCCGGUGAGCGGCGAUGGAGGCGCGUUGGGGUGCCGCGGUUCGUCUGCUGGUGCUGGUGCGGACCUGGUGGCUGGUGGCGGGGCAGGUGCAGUACUCGGUGCCGGAGGAAGCCAAGGUCGGGACGGUGGUGGGGCGGCUGGCGCAGGAGCUGGGUGUGGGCGAUGCGGAGGCGCGGCGGCUGCGUGUGGUGUGGCAGGGCCGGCGGGCGGGCGUGGAGGUGAGCGGGGCGAGCGGGGCGCUGGUGGUGAGCUCGCGUGUGGACCGGGAGGAGCUGUGCGGGAAGAGCGCUCCCUGCUCGCUGCGCCUGGAGCUGCUGCAGGAGCGGCCGCUGCGCGUCUUCCAUGUGGAGCUGGAGGUGACCGACAUUAACGACAACGCCCCGCUCUUCCCCGCCGCGCGGAAAAACAUCAGUUUACCGGAGAACUCCCCACCCGGUUCCCGUUUCCCGCUGGAGGGCGCCUCGGAUGCAGAUGUCGGAGCGAACGCGCAGCUCUCCUACACGCUCAGCCCCAGCGAGCAUUUCGCUUUGGAUUUAGACAAACUGAAUGAGGGAAAUAUCGUACCCGACCUAGUACUCAGAAAGCCACUGGACCGGGAGACGAUGCCAGUGCACCAAUUGGUGCUGACGGCGAGUGACGAGGGCCGCCCGUCUCUGACAGGCACAAUGGAGCUGCUGAUUACAGUGUUGGAUGCGAAUGACAUCGCUCCCCAGUUCAAUCAGUCGGUGUAUAAGGUGCAGCUGCUGGAGAACGCUACAGAGGGGACGCUGAUAGUGCGUGUGAACGCCACUGAUUCGGAUGAGGGAAGUAACAGCGAGGUGACCUACAGGGCGACCAAUUUCAUUCCACCGAGUGGAAGAGAUGUGAUUAGCGUCAAUCCGCAGACAGGCGAGAUCGAAUUAAAGGGCGCCCUGGACUUUGAAGAAGUCAGUGUGUUUGAUUUCCGAAUAGAAGCCACAGACAAAGGCUGGCCCCCGUUGUCCGGCCACUGUAAGGUGUUGUUGGAGGUGCUGGACGUGAACGACAACGCGCCCGAGGUGUGGGUGACGUCGCUGUCGGUGCCGGUGUCGGAGGACGCGUCGGUGGGGACGGUGGUGGCGCUGCUGAGCGUGUCGGACCGCGACUCGGGGGCGAACGGGCGAGUGCAGUGCUCGGUGUGGCCGUCGUGGCCGUUCGUUCUGGAGUCGAGGUUCCCGGGCUCGUUCUCGCUGGUGCUGCGGGAGGCGCUGGACCGGGAGCGGGUGCGGGAGUACGAGGUGGAGGUGCGUGCGGAGGACGGCGGGAAGCCGCCGCUGCGUGCGAGGCGCGUUGUGCGUGUGCCGGUGUGUGACGUGAACGACAACGCGCCGGCGUUCUCGCAGGCCGUGUACACGGUGCUGGUGCGGGAGAACAACGCGGCGGGCGCGGAGGUGGCGCGGGUGUGGGCGCGGGACCCGGACGAGGCGGAGAACGGUCGCGUGAGGUACUCGCUGUGGGAGGGCGGCGCUGGAGGUGCGUCGGUGGCGGCGGUGGGGUGGCGCCCGGCGUCGAGCUACGUGUCGGUGGAUGGGGAGAGCGGGCGCGUGUGGGCGGUGCAGGCGCUGGACUACGAGGAGCUGCAGGUGCUGCAGUUCGAGGUGCGCGCGGUGGACGCGGGGGAGCCUGCGCUGGUGGGCAACGCGACGGUGCAGCUGUUCGUGGUGGACGAGAACGACAACGCUCCGGUGCUGCUGCCGGCCGCGGGCGGUGCUCCGGGGCUCGAUCCGUUUCUCGGGUCGCCAGUAGAGGAGGUGCCGGGGCCGAACUCGGAGACGCUGUGGGCGUGGGCGGCGUGGGGCCCUGGGGCAGGUCAGGUGGUGGCGAAGAUCCGUGCGGUGGACGCGGACUCGGGCUACAACGCGUGGCUGCGCUACGAGGUGUUGGAGCCGCGGGGGAAGGGCCCGUUCCGCGUGGGUGUGUACAGCGGCGAGGUGAGCACGGCGCGGGCGCUGGAGGAGGCGGACGGCCCGCGUCAGCGGCUGGUGAUCGUGGUGCGGGACCACGGCGAGCCGCCGCGCUCGGCCACGGCCACGCUGAGCGUGUCUCUGGUGGAAGGCGGCGAGAAGGCGCUGUCGGGAUCGUCAUCGUCGGUGCCGGGCGUGCUGUUGCCGUCGGAGAGCGGCGCAGCGGCGGGCAUGGCUUCUGCGUCGACCAACGUGUGGCUGGUGGUGUCCAUCUGCGCGGUGUCGAGCGUGUUCGUGCUGGCGCUGGUGCUGUACGGGGCGUCGCGCUGUGCUCCGCGGGCGGCCGUGCUGUCGGGUCCCGCCGCGGCGACGCUGGUGUGCGCCAGCGAAGUGGGCAGCUGGUCGUACUCGCAGCGCCAGAGCCGGAGCCUGUGCGUGGCGGAUGGGGCGGGCAAGAGCGACCUGAUGGUUUUCAGCCCCAACUUGCCGCCUCCGCCGCCGCCGCCACCGUCUGUCCCCGCAGCCAAGGACACCUCUCAGGCGGAGCCUUCCUCUCUGCUGGACACGGUCAGUGCUCCUCCCUUCUCAUCUUUCCACCCACCCUUACUUGGUUGCCCCCCAACGUGUGCUUUCCUUUCCCUGCUUUCGGGAUUCUCCUAUCUCCGUGGGCAGGCGGUUCUUUGAGCUGGGCUGUUCCCGCGGGGCUUGCAUUCAGUGGCUGCUUCUCAGGUGCCACUUCACUUCUGCCUGUGCCUCCUUGCUAGGA